AUGGCGACUUCAAAUAUUGCUGUAGAAACUCACACUUUCAGCUGCAAGAUAACCCAGAAGCAGGAAAAUGGACAUUCCUUCUUACAUUUCACAGAUCUUAUUAGAUAUCUUUGCCUUCCAUAUUAUUUUGAUGAUACUCCAUUUGAAUAUGGUUCAAACAACACUAAAAAGAGCGAAUCAGGUUCAACCCAAAUCCGUGGUCUAAAGAGUGCAGCGAAAUUGAAGAAGGCAAGGAUAAACUUUAAACCGGUUCAUGACAGAAGCUUAAUUGACAUCAGAUUCAACUCUCGGAAUAUCCUCUCCGGUCGACCAUAUUUUGAAUUCCCAAAACUAAUCAUAGACGACUCGACUGAAGUUAUUUUCCAAAACAUCAUUGCUUUCGAACAGUUUUUCUGCAAACCAAAUCAGCAUCACUUCAGUGCCUAUGUUCGUUUGCUUAGAGAUCUCAUUGACACUCCAGAGGAUGUGGCUUUACUUGCUGACAAAGAUGUUUUGGUCCAUACACUGGACACUAAUGAGGAAGUGGUCACUUUAUUCAAUAAGCUAUCCAAAGGAUUGGUGGUAAAGUCAAGCACUUACAACGAUCUCAUUGAACGAGUCAAAAGGCAUUACGACAGUGGAAGGACUCACUUCAGGUUUGCAGCCGCCUGA